ACUGUCAGUCCACCUUAUGUGCCUAAACCACCAUCACCAACACCACCUGUUGUUUCACCACCAGUCAUUCCAAAACCACCAGCGCCAACACCACCUGUCGUUUCACCACCAGUCAUUCCAAAACCACCUGUUGUUUCACCACCUGUCACUCCAAAACCACCAGCACCAACACCACCUGUUGUUUCACCACCAGUUAUUCCAAAACCGCCUGUUGUUUCACCACCUGUCACUCCAAAACCACCAGCACCAACACCACCAGUCGUUUCACCACCUUUUGUACCCAACCCUCCAGUGGUAACACCACCACCUUACGUGCCAAAUCCCCCGGUUGUUACACCACCAGUUGUGAAGCCAUCUCCACCACCUUCACCAUGCCCUCCGCCACCACCGCCGGCAAUAGUACCAUCACCACCUGCACAGCAAACUUGCCCCAUUGAUGCACUCAAGUUAGGUGCUUGUGUGGACGUGUUGGGGGGAUUGAUCCACAUUGGAAUUGGUGGCAGUGCUAAACAGACAUGUUGUCCACUUCUUAUGGGACUUGUGGAUUUGGAUGCAGCCAUUUGUCUUUGCACCACUAUUAGGCUCAAGCUCUUAAAUAUAAACAUCAUCCUUCCUAUUGCUCUUCAAGUUCUUGUUGAUGAUUGUGGCAAGUAUCCACCCAAAGAUUUCCAGUGUCCUUCAUCCUAAGUCAAGGAUAUGUUGCUAAAAUUAAUAGGAAAGGCUCAUUAGCUUGAACGGGACAUUUGAUUAAUUCUGCUGCAUUUUCAUAGUUGAAGGCGCACUCUGCGAAUGCAAGGGGUGUGAGAUUGCAAUUUCCAUUUUAUCAUGGCGAAUAAAUUGAAGGAAAAAGAGAGUGACAAAUGAACUCCUCCAAUGGAGAUAAGCUUUUGACGUGUUAUUUACCUUUCAUUAAUGUACGGAAUGUUGCAUUUUCAUUGUUUUGAUAGGGAAAUACUUUUUAAGGUGCUUUAUAUAUAGUAUUUGCUGAUUUGAAAA